ACGGCACCCAACAAGAACAGCACGCUUUAAUAGAAUCGACCGAUCGUUGGGCUGUGUAUCAAUCACAUUUUGUGUAUCGAAUAGGAUCGAAUUGGCUUUUUUGGGUCACCAUGGAAAUGACUCCUUCUCAACCACAGUCUUCGCCACCAGGAGACCCCGCCUACGCCCCGAGCAACCAAUCACCGACUGCCACGUCAGUUGGUCCCGCCCAACCAGCGUCCAUGCCGCCAGGAGACCCCGCCUACGCACCGGGCAACCAAUCACCGGUUGCCCCGUCAGUUGAUCCUGACCAACCACAACCGUUCGGGACUACAGCGCCUGUAUAUCCCCCGCCAGGUGGCCAAUCACAACCCUUCUCUCCACCUGACCCCGCCUACCCACCUGGAACCAACCAAUCACAGCCCGUCUCUACACCACCUGACCCCGCCUACCCGCCAGGAAUCGGCCAAUCACAACCCGCCGGACCAGGAGGUCCAAUUUACCCGCCUGGGCAGCAGGCCUACCCCCAGCCCCCACCCCCGGGGACCCCUACGUUCGCCCCAGGACCCGGGUACGCCCCGCCCUCGAUGCCUGCUGGCCCUGGAGCAGAUGGGUACCCGCAAGUUCAGGAAGCUGAUAUCAAAAGCUAUGAGCACGUGACCGAAGACGAGGCCCGUGAGCUCUUUACCGAGCACGUGUCGCAGCAGGCGUGUUGGAGCUCUAAACCCGCGAAGGAGUUCGAGUCCUUCGAUUCUCUCACGCAUAGCAACGCCUAUCACUACACGUUGGAAACUUUUAGUGAGAAAAGAUGGACAGAAUCGGCAUUUGAACCUUUCACUGGCCAGUGUGUUGACAGCACGGAAUAUGGCACCCCUCCCGGGAAUUGGGAAGUUCCACAGAAACCGCCGGCUCUGUUCCAGGAAGAGACCCGGAGUGUGGAGUUGCCGCACACUGCGUCAGUCAGGCCUUGCCACAUUGGCUGUGACGGCACCGGCAAACAGAAGUGCUCCGAGUGUGACAGCAGUGGCCAAGUGGUGUGCCCAAGAUGCAACGGGACCCGAGUGAUAGACGGAGGUGACCAAACCGGCCCUUGUCAUCUCCCUUGUUACCAGUGCGAACACCAGGGCUUCGUCAAGUGCCGGGACUGUAAAGGCACUGGAUUGGGAAACUGCGACACCUGCCAAGGACAUGGUCAGCUCAAGCACUACCAGCAGCUCAACAUUGAGUGGAAAACCCACGUGAGUGAGCAUAUCGUGGAGCGGUCGUCUCUUCCUGACGAACUGAUGAAAGGCGUGACGGGGAAGGAAAUCAUCAAGGACGAGCGCUUCAGGGUGUAUCCGAUUGGUAACGUGGACAAGGAGAUCAUAGAACAUUCUCAACGACUGGUCCAAGAGCACAACACUGCGCACACUAGUCCUGACGAGAGAAUCCACAUGCAGCGCCACGCUGUUGUGACGAAACCGGUUGCCGAGGCGACAUACACGUGGAAUGGAACAGCCUACACCUUCUACAUCUACGGCUCUGAGAAGCGCGUCUUCGUGCCCGACUAUGCUGAUACGUGCUGCUGGGGCUGUUCCAUUCUCUAACUGUACCCCCUCAGUUAUUCAUCAUUUAA